AUGGCCAGCGCAGAGGAGUUCAAUCAAGAGAUUAAUGUGGGCAAGGUUGCGAUUCCGGCACUUUCAUCUUUGCUGGAUGUGAGGGUUCCCUUUGUACAGCUGGAGUCCGAGCGUCUACAGGCUUCGGUGUCCUGGCUCUAUGGGGCAGUUCAAGCUCUGCAGCAGCAAUGCCUGGGGCUGAACUCCCGGCUGGAGCACCUUCAGGAGAUGAGCACCCCGAGCCUGCAGGCAUCUCCACUGUCUCCGCUGCCUCUGGAUGCGGAGGAUGGCCGCAUGCAGCUGUGGCAGCACGAGCAGAAACGUGCCGCUGAACAAGCGCAGGUUGAACUGCGCUUCCAAGCCCUCUCUGCAUCUGUGGAGAGCAGGCUACAGCACGCUGAUCUCGAGGCAUUGGAAGGAAAGAUGACGCGGAGACUCGACGAGAUUUCCCAACACUCCAAGCAGGAGAUCUCCUCACUGGCAAGGUUGCUGGAGGGCAGCUUCUCGGCAGACCGCCGGCAGCUUCAGGAACAGUUCGAGGCUCUGCGCUGCAAGGUAGAGGCCCAGCUCGACGUUUUGUCGGCGUCCGGAGUCCAGAAUGCUGUGAAGGCUCUCCGGCAAGCUCCUCAGGAGCCGCCUGUGCCACAUGCUGUUCUUUCACGUGAAAUGCCCGAGGAAACCACAUUCGGCCCCGAGAGGACCUCCGGCGCCGCCUUGGCGGAGCAGUCGCUGCAGUCCCGCCUCGAGCAACUGGAGCAGAGCCUCCAGCGGCUCUCGCAGCGGGGAGCCCCGCGAGCAGAGGAAACUUCAAGCGAUGCCGUCUGGCAGCGGUUCACUGACGUGGACCAGGCCCACAUCAUGACCGUCCAAAGAAUAUCAGAGAUGGAAACACGCCUCGCCCGUGUUGAGAGCAAAGGCCCAGGCCGUCGCCAACGAGAUGGAAGCGGAAAACUGGCACAGGCAGGUGACUGGGAGGUGCCGAUGUCCGAGCUUCAGUCCAGCCAUGCUUCCUUGGCAGAGGAAGUGGCAGCCCAUGUCCUUCCAGCAGUCUCCACACUGCGUUCGACUCUCACGCAGAUAACGAAGUACAUUUCCGGCGACGCACCGGAGGAGGACAUGGCCACUUCCAUGAAAUCUGUGAAUGCCUUGGACUGGCUGCAGCAGCGCGUGGGAGCUCUGACGAAGGAGAAGGGGCUCACUUUGGAGGCCCGGCUUCAACUCCUCGAGCAAGCGACGGGCAGCACAGAGAUCUUCCAGAAAGUCCAGAACCUCGAGCAGAUCUUGGGCAGGCUCGAUGUGGACGCCGUCAAUGAGGUUCCUCCACAGCUGAUCAUCGUCAAAGAAGAUCAGGAAGUCUUCAAGCAGGACCUGCGGCGCGAGGUGCAGGAGCUGAAGGUGCUGGUCGGUUGCAUGGAGGCAUGCGUGCCGAAAGAAGCACGAAAAGCGAUCCAGCUGUUCAAGAGGGGCGCUGGCGUCUCAGAUGAGGAGUUCAUCACCGCCGGUGGCCUGAAGCUUUAUGCAGAUGUGGAAGCUCUGCGAGAGGUACGGCCACCUGAGGAGUUGCAGGUGCGCCUGGCGGAUUUGGAGACCAACUCCGCCCAGCAGCACGACAGCUUGAACUCCAUGGUUCAGGACCUGGAGACGAAACAGGAGAGGCUUUCCAGCGCAUUCCGAAAGCGCUUCGCCAGCGACGAUGAGUGGCGGGCCAAACUCGCCACACCGAUCAUUGCAGACAAAAGCUUGCAAGAGAUGACCGACAGCGAGAUCGAAGAUUACAACCGAAAAGUGCAAGAGAGGGCGCAGGAAGUCAGAAAGGACCGUGCCCUCUUAGCGCUGGAGAAAGCGCAGGACGGAAGACUCGAGCGGAAAGCGACCAAGGUCUGGAACCAGCACGCGAAGGAGAGAGUCAAGAUUCCAGCCGAGCAGGUACCCGAGAUGCUGGAGUCUCUCAGCUUCGAAGUUUCGAACAACGAGAUGCACUUCCUGCUGGGCAUCUUCGGAGCGACUCAGGGCUCGGACAUUGACCUGGAGCACGAGCUGACUCAAAACGACUGGCACUGGCUGGUUGGGGAAUGUCAGAUCCUCAAGGAAUCUUACAAGUUCUUCUUCCGCAGAGAGGAAUGGGAAGUUCAGUACACGGAUCAGCUUCAGAAGUUGACUCUCAAGGAUCUUUGGACAACGAAGGGACGUUCCAAUCAAGGAGCGCACAAGAUCGGGUGGUGGUGGACUACAGGAGAAAAGGCCGGCCAGGCCAGCGUCCUGCAAAAGUUCGCCUGGGGCGCACAGCCGGAGGUGGAAGAGGAGUUGCUUGGAAAGAUGGAGCUCGUCAUCGGGCCUCGGUUGAAGGAUGCAGAUGGCAAGCAGUCGAUGGAGUAG